AAUAUUUUAUAAUUGGUAAUAGUUAAAUAAAGGGUAGUAUAACGAAUAAUUCUUUUCGCAGUCUUUUAAUCUAUGAAUAAAUAAUAAAAUGGAAUACAUUUUGUUACUUGUAUUUAUAUUCAAAUCUUACUGUCACUACUUUUUUAAAGUUGAUGAAUGAAUCACAUGAAAGUUUCACAGGGAUAAGAUUUUUGGAAAGGAAUAGCAUAGGUUUCUUCAACCAAAAAUUCUAGUUUUUACAAUGGAAUUUCAUGAAUUCAAUAAUACUGGCUAUUGGGGCCCAACCACAGCUACCAUAGAUUGGUGUGAAAAGAACUACGAAGUAAAUUAUUACAUUGCUGAAUUUUGGAAUACUUUAAGUAACUUAAUGAUGAUAAUACCACCUUUAUGGGGAAUUUGGGAUAUGAAAAAACAAAAAUUUGCUCGUAGAUUUCUGUUUUGCUAUUUAUGCAUUAUGGUUGUUGGAAUGGGCAGUUGGGCAUUUCAUAUGACACUUUUGUACAAAAUGCAGUUGUUUGAUGAAUUACCAAUGGUCUGGGGAACAUGUUACUGUAUUUAUUGCUUAUCAAUUAUAAAGUACAACGUCAAAUCUGAAACUGCAUUACCUAAUAAAUUAUUAUUGUUUUUGUUAACAAUUAUUAGUGUUGGAUUUGCUGUAAUCUAUCUUAUGUGGCCACAACCUUUAUUGCAGCAUAUAUGUUAUGGUGUAUUAGUUUUUAUAUCAUUAGUACAAGAAAUAAAAAUUAUAAUUGAAUUUAAAUGUGCUAUUUGCAAAAAACUGUUUGCCGUUGCAUUAGCAUUAUAUCUCUUUGGAUUUUUUCUAUGGAAUAUUGAUAAUAUAUUCUGUAAAGAUCUUACGUAUUUACGAGAAAAAAUCCCCAUAUUAUUAAGACCAAUUUCUCAAAUGCAUGGUUGGUGGCAUAUAUUUGCAGGUUAUGGAGUUUAUGUUCAAGUUUUAUUUUGUAUACAUUCCACAUAUGAUUACCAUAAAAAGUUAAGACAAACUGAUAUUUUAUUGCCAAUGCAUUUAUAUUUUACCAUACGCUGGAGAAAUACUGAAAAAAAAUAUUGAUCUUAUUUAUUUUAUAUUUAAGUUAAAUAAUUUUAAAAUAUGUAUCUUGUAAUAUAUACAAAAUAUGUUAUACUUGUACAAUGAUAAUUUUACAACUAUAAUUAUAACUACCACCAAGGUAGUAUGAAUGCUAUAAUUAUUGCCAAUUUUUUUUUAUAUUACAAAUAGUCUAGUAAUUGUGAUAUAUAGUGAUAAUUUUAUAUGAACUCUGUGGUGCUUGAGUAAUAAUUCCUAAAUUAAAAAAUUAGUUUUUAAAUACCUAAAUUUAUCAUACUUAUAAGUUUUUAUUGGUUAAACAAUUUAGACUGAAAUACAAUUUUACUAGCUAAUUUAAACUUCAAAAAAUUAGAAGUUACUUACAAAGUAAAAAUGUGUUAAACUUCGAUUUUUAAUACUUUGUUUGUUAGAUUGAAAAUUUUUGAUCCAAGCACCAUAGAAUUGCCCUUUUUUUUUAAAUAAUUGAAUUUAAUUUUACUUAAUUAAAAAAAUUAUUUUAUUAAUAUGCUUGAAAAGUACUGAAAUACUUGUAAGUAUUUACUUACACGUAAUACUGAUUUAGAUUAUUAUUAUUAUUAUUUUUUUUUUUUUACAAAUGACUACUGUGCCUAAUAAUUGUUUAUUUUAAAUAACUUAAAUUAAGUGAUUAAGUUUAUCAUUUGUACAAAAAGCUUAUGUUGAAAAAUGUAAAUUAUAUUUAUUAUUAUACAGCUCUAGUCACUGGAAAAUAAGUUCAUAAUUUUUUUAUUUGUAGUGAUCUCAUAUUAUUUUGCUUAAAUAACUUAUUUUAUAAGUUUAAAAAUUUUAAAAAUAAAAUAUUUAUAACACUUUGA